AUGUGUACCUGUGGAGUAGACGAUUUCCUCCCAACUGACGUGACAGGAGCUCAUCCAGGACGCCCUGGCGAGAAGGAAGUUAUGGGGUUCUUCGGUCAUGGAGUGAUCGGAAACUAUCUCCCAAAGGAGGGAAAGAUUUUCAAUGUAUAUGAAGGGCUUUGCAGGGAUGCUUAUUUUAGCGUCAAUUGGAUUGAGGCUCUUCGGAAUUUUUUACCUCAAAACCAAAUUUUCAUUGAGCUGAGACAACAAAUUCCACUUAUUAUGCCCACUCUUGGGUCAAGCGACACUUCGACAAGCUUCGGUAGACCAACGGUUGGACUAGCGUUCCUUCCUCUUUGGGAUGUCGAAGAGUGUGGGGUCGGGACUGAUAUGGCUUGA